UUCGCUUACGCGCACGCACGUGUGCGCAAACAGCUCCUGCAAGUUGCAUCCCGCAGGAUGAGAAACAUGGCUCCGGUCGCAAUCAAACGCGUUUUAAUCAGCGAGAGCGUGGAUCCGUGCUGCAAGAAGAUUUUGCAAGAAAAUGGAAUUGAAGUCGCUGAAAGACCAAAUAUGACCAAAGAUGAGCUUAAAGCGCAGAUUAAGGACUUUGAUGGUCUGGUUGUCCGGUCAGCUACCAAAGUGAGCGCUGACGUCAUCGACUCCGCCGGGAGCUUGAAGCUGAUUGGACGAGCUGGAACAGGCGUGGACAACGUGGAUGUGGAGGCGGCAACCAAGAAAGGCAUAAUUGUCAUGAACACCCCAAGUGGCAACACAAUCAGUGCUGCUGAACUAACCUGCGCACUUGUAAUGAGUUUAUCAAGAUAUGUUCCACAAGCUGCUAUGUCUAUGAAGGCAGGAAACUGGGAUCGCAAAAAGUUUAUGGGUGCAGAGUUAUAUGGCAAAACCCUUGGAAUUGUUGGUCUUGGAAGGAUUGGGAAAGAGGUGGCCACUAGGAUGCAGUCAUUUGGGAUGAGGACAAUUGGUUAUGACCCAAUUACUCCUCCAGAGGUGACUAAGAGCUGGGGAGUGGAGCAGAUGUCACUGGAAGAGCUCUGGCCCCAGUGUGAUUACAUUACUGUGCAUACACCCCUCAUGCCCUCCACUACAGGAUUACUAAAUGAUGCCUCAUUUGCUAAAUGUAAGCGAGGUGUGAAGGUGGUGAACUGUGCUCGUGGAGGCAUCAUUGAUGAAGCUGCUUUGCUAAGAGCUCUGGAGUCUGGUCAGUGUGGAGGAGCAGGUCUGGAUGUGUUUGUAGAGGAGCCUCCCAAGGACAGGGCCCUGGUUAACCACCCUAACGUGAUUAGCUGCCCUCAUCUUGGAGCUAGCACGAAGGAGGCCCAGGCUCGCUGUGGCCAAGACAUUGCACUGCAGAUUGUGGACAUGGUUAAAGGCAAAGCGUUAGUGGGAGCGGUGAAUGCACAGGUCUUGGCUAGCACCUUUACCCCUGAGUCACAGCAGUGGAUCAGGCUGGGUGAGGCCUUGGGCAAAUUGCUGAAGGCCUGCAACUUCUCUAAACAACCCUACGACCAAGUCCACAUGACCACUCAAGGAGAGUGUUUAAAAAAAUCAGUCGAGCUCCUGAGCUCAGCAGCUGUUGUUGGACUGAUGGCUGAAAGUUCUGAGAAUGGCCUUAACUUGGUGAAUGCUCUUACCCUAGCGGAAGAGACCGGAAUUACAGUUAAAAAAGCUCACAGUGAUGGGAAUGAAGCUAAAGCCACCUGCGUGUUGGAGGCCUCAGUGAAUGGCAGUGUUUAUAAAGCCACAGGCACAGUGCAGACUUCAGUGCCAGUCCUUCUGGAGCUGAACGGCAGUGUGUUCCGGCAGCCUGUGGCUCUCACUGGAAACCUGCUGUUUUUCAGGGCUGCAGCUUCACCCCAGCUACUGCCGUCUGUUACCAGUGUGCUGGCAGCAGCGGGUGUUGAGAUUGAUCAUUUCAGUGCCUCCAGUGCCUCUAGUGGUGACCAGUGGUACUGCUUGGGGGUUCCCUCUGCACUAAAAGACUUCAGCGCUCUCAUGCCCCUGGUUAAAGAAGCAGCACAACUUCAUGCCUAAGUUCCUGCUAACUGAAUGUUGGUUGAAACUUUCUGAGGCAUUCCAGUGUCUAAUAUAUUUAAGCAUUCCAAGGUUUUUUCUAGUCCUAGGGAUUCCCCUCACAAUUAAUCCAGCUUUUUACUGAAGGAAAACACCUGCAUUCUUUAAUUAUCUAAUAUGCCCUUUACAUAUGUUAAUUCUGUGUAUAAAAAGUUCUCAUAAAUGUUUUCUGACAUUCCAAACCUGUGUUUUUUUUUUUAUAAGAAUAGAAGAAACGUAUUGAAAUAAUCAGUUGUGUUAAUAUGUUGCAGAUGCUGUAGAAGGAUAUUUGGUUGAAAGACUGUCUGAGAAAUAAUUGAAGCUUUUCACAUAUUUGGCCAGGUGCAAAGGUUGAAAUUGUGGAGGGCAGGGAGUCCAUAGGACUGGAAAUCUUUAUCUAACACAAGUACAGCUUACCCCUGGCUCACAGGUUCUCAACCCUGGUCCUGGAAGUGCCCUGUGUCCUGCGCAUUUUUUGUGUUCCCUGUCCUAACACAAUCACUUUAAUUCAAGAAGGACUGUUAAUUAGUUGCAUCAGUUGCCUUGAGUGCACGGAAAACGCGAAAUAUCCCGGACAGGGCCACUCCUGGAACACGGUUCGGAACCUGUGUUAGUGCAAUAUAGAGUUACUGUGAUAAGCUUAAAACUUGGUUUAAGUGCCAGGCAGCUUGAGUUUGUCAGUGUAGUGGUUUUUAAGCUACAUUUGAAUUUUCUGAACCACAAUAAAUAGAUUUGACACUAAAAAGACUAAACAGUGCUUCUUUUUUUUUUUUUUUUUACAAAAGAAUGAAUGAAUGGUGGAUAGAUGAAAGAAUAGUCUUUAAUUGACUGUUCAUGCUCAGUUCUGAAGAACCGAAGUCCUUCACGGUUUAAUUAACACCCUGCUUGGCCCUAGUUUCUCCAGAACAGAUUUGGUAUGUUACAUUUUUACCUGAUGUUGAAUGGCUUGCGUAAAGGCCUGACAGCUCAGUGAUUCAUCAGAUAGCGUUGCUGAGUUUGAUCCUCAGGUGUGGAAGUUUGCAUUUCUCUUCGCCCCUGUUUUUUUUUUUCUUCUUUUUUUUUUUUCUCCUGCCUCUCAAACCUAUUACAGUAGACAAAUUGGCUGCUCUAAAUUACCCCCAAGUGUGAAUGAUUGUAUGAAUAAACAGGGUGUCGGGUUGUGUUCGCACCCAUUAUAUGCUACGGAUCCACUACAAGCCUGACCAGGGUAAACGCUUCCUGAAGAUAAAGCAUAAAUGAAUGACUGAUAAAUAAUAAACUUGACAUAAUUGGUGGAAAAUUUCCAUUUCCCGAACACUAAGCUGGUUUAGUAAUAGGUUAAACAACAAGCAUACUGUAUGUAACCAAGAAAUGUAUCUUGUGAAUAAUUAAAAGCAGAAUUACAAAUA